GAGGGGGUCUCGUUCUUUCGCAGCUUUCUUCCCCGGGAGCCGACUUUUCUGGCCACCGGCUUCGUUGAUACGCAUUUGCUGGAAUGUUGUUGAAAGAUGAGGCAGCCGUGUGCGAAUGUUGCAGAACACCGGUAGAGGACUACUUGCCUUGCUGUUGAUGGUGUUGGAGUGGACCUGCCCAAGCCUGCCAUCCCCGCUGAGGCCCAUCUGCGACCUGAGGGUCCUGAACCAUUUCAUCAAGGAAGCGCAAGACGCAGAAGCCGCCAUGAAGUCAUGCCGGGAUGGAUGCACCCUGUCCCAGUCUGUCAGCAUUCCCCAAACCAGAGUCGAUUUUGACGUCUGGGAUAGGAAAAAUGCCGCGGAGAAAGCCCAGGAAGUGCAGUGCGGCUUGUGGCUUCUGCAGCAGGCCCUCAGCGUGCUGCGCAACUCCGUCACCAACGCGGCCUUGCACGGCCACGUCGACAACUUGCUGAGCAACGUGCUCAGCAUCAACGCCGUGCUGCGCAGCCUCAACAUUCCGGAAUACACACCCCCAGCGAGCUCGGCGGGCCUGGAGAGCACAUGGCGCGCGUCCGCCGCGGCGGACUUGCUCCAAGCGCACGUCAACUUCCUGCGAGGGAAAGUGCAACUCCUUCUCACAGACGCGCCGGCCUGUCAGCAAGAGGUCAGCUGAUGGGGCCCCCACCCCCCCCCACCCCGUCUCCCACUCCAGGCUCGAGUCGCCUUGUGCUUGCAAGGCGAGAGAAAGGCCUCCCCCUACGAUGACCUACUUGCUAGCUGCUGGAAGUGGUGUGGAAUGAAAAGGAAAAACAAACACAAAAAAAAAAAAAAAAAACAAACAAACCACAACCAUUAUCUUUUUUUUUUUUUUUUUAAAUAAGUCACAGCUGGAGGGAAUCGCACCUUGAAUUGUCACUUGGACAUGCUGACCAAAAUGGGACUUUUGGAGCAAGCACUUUUGUGUGUCACCGCUUUGGUGAGUGUGCAGGUCAGGACUGCACGUGGGUGCGUUUGUCUCUUCCCAGAGAGUUGAAAUCCAGAACGGGACCCCGAGUAAUACCGAUUACCAAACCAAAACAGGACCUUGCUGAGCCCUGACUUCUGUCUAGUAUUUUAUAUUUUUGCAUUUCUUUUUUUUUUUUCUCGUUUGUAAACAUUGCAUAAUAUUUAUACAGAUUUUCUACUUGUUCGCCGAUGUUUGUGAAAAGCCACUGUUUGCUUUGCGUGGUCACGUUUCCAAAGAGAGGAUGCGGUGAACGGGGCAAGCCGGAGGUCAAUCAGGAGGACAUGAGAACUGUGAAGCGCUUCUGUCAUUAUCUGUCCAUAAAAACAAAAUCAACUCGAGUCUGCACAGCGAUAGCCCGCUAAAAGAAACAAAAACAUCCUGCGAGCUAACAGUCUCGGACGAGCGUGAAAGCAAUCUUGCCUCGGAAAUCUGCGUCAUUUGGACAAAAUGGAUAUUCAACUUUUCCAGUCCCAUCAACAUUUUUUGUUUGUUUUUUUUAACUUUGUUGCGCAAGUGCAAGAAGCUUUUGAGGAUGUUUGAACAUGUUCUCCCUUCCUGUUUUCACGUUACGAGUCCAAUCACUGUAUAAGUUGCUAUUUAAAGACAAAAACAUUAUUCUUGGAUAAAGAAAUUAGGGAAAAAAAAAA